AUGUAUCUUCUUGUUUACGUGGACGACCUCAUUCUCACAGGCAAUCAGUCCACAUCCAUCACAACCUUCACUCGCCACUUACAUAGCGAAUUCUCUAUUAAAGACCUCGGGCUCUUAAAUUACUUCCUUGGCCUUGAAGUUAUGCAUGAUACAGAAGGUCUUUUCCUUACCCAAACCAAAUAUGCCAAUGAUAUCCUUGACCGAGCCGGCCUCCUCAACGCCAAACCUGUUGCUACGCCCUUAUCCAUAUCCGAUACGUUCACCACGGAUGGCACCCCAUUUUCCGAUAACACUCUUUACCGUUCCCUCGUUGGUGCCCUUCAAUAUCUUACCAUUACUCGUCCCGACCUAUCCUACGCGGUAAAUAAAGCUUGCCAACACCUUCACUCACCUACCGAAAAACAUUUCCAAUUGGUUAAGCGGAUACUAUGUUAUGUCAAGGGAACAAUCUCUCAUGGGUUAGUCUUUACUCGACCCGCUACUUCUACUAUCUUGGGGUAUUCGGAUGCGGAUUAG